AUGGUAGGUAUCGAUGAAUUUUUUAAAUCCAAUAAAAGAAAUUCAAGUUUAGCUACCAAAAACAAUUCUAGUUCAUCUAAUUCACAAUCUGGAUCAAGGUCUACAACCACCAGAAAUAGUAAAAAUCAGACAGGCAAAAAGUCUGUUGAAAUCAUUGAUUUAGAUGAUUUAGAUGAUGAUUUAGAGAAAUUAGCUUCAAAACCUCCUUCUUCAACAUCAUCGAGCAGACGCUCAACUAAAAGAUCAUCUGAAAGUAUUGAGAUCGAAGAUUCAACACCAAAGAAAGCUAAAAAGGCAGCAGUUAUUCCUAAGCCAGCAGGCUCAGCUAUUAGAAAGUCUACAAGGUCAACUACGGCAUCGAAUGAAAUUCCAAUAAAAACUACUGGAAAGGUUAAGAAGGAGACAUCAGUCACAACUUCAUCAUCACCAAAUAGUUCUGGCAUUACAGCUCAGGAUGUUCUCAGUAAAAUACCUUCUGUUGACUUAGACACUGUACAUGUUAAGGAGAAUAUUUCAUUUGACUUCAAAGGAAACAGCAAUACUGAAGACGUAGACAUGUCAGAAGCUUCUGAUCUGGGGCUUCCUGAGGGGAAGCCAAAUUGUUUAUUAGGGCUUACUAUGGUAUUCACAGGCCAGCUACCGACCAUUGAAAGAGGAGUAGCUGAAAAUUUAGCAAAACGUUAUGGUGCAAGAGUCACAAAAUCUAUCUCUGGUAAAACAUCUGUUGUAGUUCUUGGUGAUGAGGCAGGUCCAAAAAAGCUAGAAAAAAUUAAGCAAUUAGGUAUCAAGGCAAUUGAUGAAGAUGGAUUAAAGCAAUUGAUAUCUGGAAUGCCAGGUGGAGGUGGAUCUGGUGUAGAAGCUGAAAAGGCAAGAUUGAAACAAGAAGCUGAAGAACUAAAAGUAAUGAAAGAAGUGGAAGAAAUUGCAAAGAAGGAAAAAGAGGCAGAGAUUAAGAAAUCAAAGUUAAAAGCUUCUAAUAAUGAUGCGCCGCAUAAGGUUGACGUUAGAGAACAAGAUAAAUUAUGGACAGUUAAAUAUGCACCUACAAAUAUCUCUCAAAUUUGUGGUAAUAAGACCGUUGUUAAAAGAUUAACGACUUGGUUAGCAAAUUGGGAUGAUAACAAGAAAAAAGGUUUUAAAGUUGUUGGUAAAGAUGGUAAUGGUAUAUAUAGAGCAGCUAUGUUACAUGGACCACCUGGGAUUGGUAAGACUACUGCUGCACACCUUGUUGCAAAGGACCUUGGAUACGAUAUUCUUGAACAAAAUGCCUCAGAUGUUAGAUCAAAAUCACUAUUGAAUGCUGGUGUCAAGAAUGCCCUAGACAAUAUGUCCGUUGUUGGUUUCUUUAAAACACAUGAAAACAAAGAUCAUGAUAUUACCGGUAAUGCUAAAAAAUUCUUAAUUAUUAUGGAUGAAGUUGAUGGGAUGAGUGGUGGUGAUCGUGGUGGUGUUGGUCAAUUAGCUCAGUUUUGCCGUAAGACUGAAACACCAAUGAUUUUGAUUUGCAAUGAACGUAAUUUACCCAAAAUGAGACCAUUUGAUCGAGUAUGCCUAGAUCUACCAUUUAGGAGGCCAGAUGCUAACAGUAUCAAAUCAAGACUAAUGACAAUUGCUGUAAGAGAAGGUUUUAAAUUAGAUCCAAAUAUCAUUGAUAGAUUAGUUCAGGCCACAAGGGCAGAUAUUAGACAAAUUAUUAAUUUAUUGUCAACAGUGUCAAAAACUACAAAAUCAAUUAACCAUGAGAAUAUUCUUACAAUUUCAAAGGAAUGGGAAAAACAAAUUGCAUUAAAACCAUUUGAUAUAACAAGUAAAUUAUUAAGCGGAAGCAUAUACACGGAAUUGGGUUCUAAAACCUUUACAUUAAAUGAUAAGAUGGGGUUAUAUUUUGAUGAUUUUGAUUUUACACCAUUGAUGAUCCAGGAAAAUUAUUUGUCGACACGGCCAAGUGUCUUGCCACGAGGUCAAUCGCAUUUAGAAGCAGUAGCAAAUGCCGCUAAUAGCAUCUCUGAAGGUGAUUUGGUAGAAAGAAAAAUUCGUAGUAAUGAACAACUAUGGAGUCUUUUGCCAUUACAUGCAGUUAUGUCUUCUGUUCGUCCAUCGUCAAUGGUUGCAGGUCAAAUGGCUGGUAGAAUUAAUUUUACUACAUGGUUAGGUCAAAACUCCAAAAUGAAUAAAUAUUUGAGAAUUUUACAAGAGUUACAAUAUCAUACAAGAUUAAGUACUUCCAGUGAUAAGACAAGUUUUAGAUUAGAAUAUAUGCCAUUGUUAAGAAGGAGAUUAUUAAAGCCUCUUUUGGAUAAUGGAUCAGAUGGUAUUGAUGAAAUUAUUGAGUUAAUGGAUAAAUAUUAUUUAACUAAAGAAGAUUGGGAUUAUAUUAUGGAAUUUAAUAAUACUGAAAUCACCCAACUAAAGAAAAUACCAUCAUCUGUAAAAAGUAGCUUUACAAGAAAAUAUAAUAGUAUGACGCAUCCAGUUGCUAUUUAUAGAGCAGGUAUGAGUAUAGGAAAUAGUAAUGGUGGAUCCAAAGCUAAACCUGAUUUCGAAGAUGUAGUUGAUGCUGAUGAUGAAGAGGUUAAAGAAGAAGUAAAAGAAGAUGAGGAUACUAUUGAUUUAAAGAAAGAUAAACUAAUUAAAGCUAAAGCCAGGCCAACCAAGAGAAAAUCAACUAAGACAACAACAGCAAAGGGCCGUGUAACCAAGAAAGUUAAAAAAUAA